CCUGAAGGCAGCACCCGCGGGAAAGGACCUUCGCCUGUUUUAUAGAGUAUGUAAACACCGAAAGCCUCGACUAAACAGAACAUGUCUGCUCAGUCCAUCAUCUCCAUCUCUGAGCUGCAUCCAAACUUCUCCCAUCCGAAGGUGGUGGGGAUCAUCAUUGGAAAAAGUGAUGUGAAAAGUUUCCCGGACAGGAAAAACGUCGGUGUGGACAGGUUCACCUUCAGCUUCACCCUCAAGGACUCGCCGGAUUUCUUCAUCAACGUGACGGCCUGGGGAGGCGACGGCUACGUCAACGAGCUCGCCAGCAGCUUCAGCAUCGGGGACUGCGUCACAGUUGAAAAUCCAUUAGUGUCCACUAAAGACUUGGAGAAAGGAGACAAAUUCUGCCCUCCAACACCGAGCCCCUACAGGCUGCUGCUGACCGAGCUCCACUCCCGGGUGCUUCUGUGCGCCGACGUGGACACCAUCGACAAGCUGCUGCCCCUCAUCCACCUGCCGGUGAAGGACCCCGGGGAUUUCUACUCUCUGGGGGACAUCGUGGCCAACGGACAGCAGCUGAGCGGCACCGUGAUAAACAUCCUGGCAGCAGUGAAAGCGAUCGGCGAGGCGAAGCAGUUCACCACUUCAGACGGACGGCACGGGCAGAGGCUGGAAGUCAAGCUCUUUGACGACUCCGUCUCCUCCUUCCCCCUCGUCUGCUGGGACAGAGAAGCCAUUCAGCUCCUGCAAACCCUGAUACCCAGAGAGUCGGUGCUCUUCGUAGCCGACGCGAAGAUUAGCUUUGACGACUUUCGGAGCAGCAUGGUGGCGACGGUCACCUCGAGGAGCAUCAUUACUGUCAAUCCCGACACCAGAGAGGCCGGCUUGCUGUUCAGCUACGUGAAGGAGGUUUCUGAGUCUGGACUCCUGGAUCAGGACGAGGCGCCGGAGGACGUGCCGGUGGAGUCCAUCACUGACGUGUACACGGUGAUCCAGCUGAAGCAGAAGGCCCAGCAGAGUCCCGAGGCCUUCUUCGGCAUCACCUACAGCUUCCUCUCCAAGCUGGACCUGGACUCCUCUGUUUCCAAAGUCAUCCGGACCCGCUGCUCCAGGUGCAGGUUCCAGGUGACGGAGGACGGGCAGAGCUGCUCCAACCAGCUGUGUCCGGGCGGCGGCCAGCUGCUGUCGGCCGCCACGGGCUUCGACCUGCUGGUGGACCUCACGGACCACACAGGCACCCUGCAGGCCUGCAGCCUGAGGAGCCCCGUGGCCGAGAAGACGCUCGGCUGCACCACUGAUGAGUUCACCAGUCUGACUGACGACGAGCGCACCGCUAUGAAGUGGAAGUUCCUCCUGGAGAGAUGCAAAAUACACGUGAAGAUCCUCCCGUCCCCGAAGCUGAGGAGCGGCGUGCGGGCGGCCGUCCUGGCCUGCUCGCUGGCCGAUUCAGCGGAGGUGAAGCAGCACAUGUCGGCGCUGCUGCGGCGCGUCUGA